AUGUUACAUGCUCUAGGGGAGUAUGGGGCUGUUAUUCAGUUAAAAAGUUUACAAGGCAGCGAGCAAGGCAUUGCUUUCUGUGAAUAUAGUAAAGUAUGUGCUGCCAGAAUGGUAAGAAGAGAAUGUAAACAGGCAAAAUUAAAUGGUAAAUGGAGUGUGUUUGCUAUGGGGUUAGGAAAAAUUCCCCUUCCCAACCUGGGUGGCUCCCCCAAACUAGAAGGGACCCAAAUCACUGAAGAAAUAGAGGACAUUUCACCUAUACAUCCUUCAGGCAGGAAUACAUUUUCUCCACCAGAUGUACAAGCGCAGUCUACACCCAUCUUCACCAUCCCUAAAGCAGUACAUAGAACAAUAGUAGAGCAUGUGAUAAAGCCUAAUGAAGCCACUGCCACUUAUGAUUAUACACCUUUUAAGCUGAAAUGCUUCUCUGGCCUUUCACCACGACCAACUGGUGAAGUAGAUUUUGACACAUGGAGGCUACAAGUACAUCAGCUUCUUGAUGAUCCAGAGAUAUCUUGCAAAGGAAAAAAAAGGAAACUAGUAGAAAGUUUAUCGCCCCCAGCCCUAAAUGAAGCUCUGCAUGCAGGGCAGAGUGCCACUGCAGAGGAGUGUUUGGCACAGCUGGAAAAGAUAUACAGCCCUGUGACAAGUAGUGAUGAACUCUAUGCUCAGUUUUUAGAAACAUUCCAGAAACCUUCUGAAAGACCCUCUGAGUAUUUGAGAAGAUUGAACAACUCUUGGAGGAAGGUAGUGGAGAAGAAGACAGAAGUCCUGGAAAAUCAGGAAGUACAGCUGAUGAAACAAUUUAUUCGUGGAUGUUGGGAUGAGUCUCUAAUUAUGCAACUCCAUCUGCGAGACCAUUUGGAUACUACUAAUACUUCCAAGAAGUCUUACUCUCAGCUGCUAUACCAAGUCAGAGUAUAUGAAGAGGAAAAAGAAAUAAAAGAGCAAAGAAGGCUUAAGCAGUUAGGAAGACCACCUAACAAAUCUAGCAGUUCAUGUCAUAUCAUGGAAUCUGGGAGCCCUGUAAGUGUUGCCGCUAUAGAACCAAGAAAGGUAGAAGAUAGACUGUCUCAUCUUGAGGGGGCUAUUGCCGAACUGAUGAAGAGACCUGUUACUCAGAAGCAGAUGGAUCAGCCCAAACAAGAAGACAUUAAAAUUUCACCAUCAGAUAGGCCUAGGUUAAGUAGCCAUUGGUUCUUCUGUUAUAACUGUGGGAUAGAAGGCCACUCUAAAACUGAGUGCACCAAUGAGCGCAAUGCCGAGUUGGUGCAAGAAAAGUUAAUCUCCAGGCAAGAGCAGCGGUCAAUGCGCCAUGUUUCAAAAUCUUCAAAAAGAGCUAAUGUUAAGCUCCAAAAAGCCACCCACAAAACUAUGGGGGUGAACGAAGUGCUAAAUGAAAUAGUGGGAGACCCUUGCCACACUCAUAUGUUUAUAGAGGGAGUGCCAUGUAAAUGUUUAAUAGAUACAGGUUCUCAGGUGACUUGCAUAACCUUAGGGUUUUAUGAGAAAUACUUGUCACAUAUAGAAUUGCACCCAAUAGAAGAAGCACUGCAGGUAAUAGGAGCAGGGGGUCAAGAGGUCCCUUAUUUGGGGUAUGUAGUUGUUUCUGUUAGUUUUCCCAAAGAAAACUGUGGAACUCAAAGGAGCCAGAUGGUUUUUGCUCUAAUAUGCCCUGAUCAAAAUCCCCCAACAAUAGUCCCAGUUAUUGUGGGUACCAAUAUCCUACAGAAGUUUAAGGCCGACUGUGAAGAAAUGGCGGGCCCACAGUUCCUGAAGAAGCUGAAAGUUAAUGACAUAUGGGCAAAAGCAUACGCAGUGUGCAAAGCACAGAAGAGAAACACGAAGCGGAUAGUAAGAGCUGCAGAAAGUCAGCCGGUAAUAAUACCUCCAGGAGAAGUAAAAGAUAUUGUUGGAAAAGUAAGAAAAUUACCAGAAGAAGGACAGCUUAAAAUGUUGUUGGAAGAUGCAGACAACAAAUGCUUUCCAGGAGGGUUAAUGUUAAAAACCCAGUUGGCCACCACAACUUCAGCUUCUUGCAAUAGAGUCACAGUACAUCUACAGAAUGCAAGUUCCCAUAGCAUCACGUUACCCCCAAAAUGUGUUCUUGCACGAGGGGAGGUUGUAGAUUGGAUCAAGCCCAUGCCAGUUAUAAGUGAAAACGAUAACACUUCCCUCUCUUUGGACUUUGGGGAAUCACCCAUAAGUACUGACUACAAGCAAUAUGUAGAGAAGAGGAUUCAGCAAGAAGCAGGAGCAGCUUUUUCAAAGCAUGAUUUAGACGUUGGCCAUAUUAAAGGAGUGAAGCAUGCCAUUUACCUUUCCGAUAAUAUGCCCUUUAAAGAAAGGACAAGAUCUGUCUCACCAGCUGAUUUUGAAGAUUUAAGGCAGCAUCUUUAUGAACUACUAGCAAGUGGUAUAAUAGAGGAGUCAGAUAGUCCGUAUGCUUCUCCUAUAGUCCUGGUUAGGAAGAAGAGUGGGGCACUGAGGAUGGUGGUAGAUUAUAGACGUCUCAACAGCAUCACAAGGAAGGACGCCUAUCCAUUACCCAGGAUAGAAGAAACCUUUUCUCUGCUUUCUGGAGCCAAAUGGUUUACUGUCCUGGAUUUAAAGAGUGGAUACUACCAAAUCGAAAUGGAGGAGAAAGACAAGCCCAAAACAGCAUUCACUACACCAAUGGGGAAUUGGCAGUUCCGUAUGAUGCCACAAGGACUCACGAAUGCCCCAGCAACGUUUCAAAGAAUGAUGGAGCGUGUUAUGAAGGAUAUCAACCUCACAGAGGUAAUAGCAUUUUUAGAUGAUUUGAUAAUAUUCUCAGCAACCCUAGAAGAGCAUGAGGCAAGGCUGAUGAAGGUACUGCAACGGUUGAUAGAACAUGGGUUAAAACUGUCAGUUUCCAAGUGCAAGUUCUUUCAAACAUCAGUGAAGUACUUGGGGCAUAUCAUUUCCCAGGAAGGCAUACAACCUGACCCAGAUAAACUGUCAGCUUUGAUGGACUGGCCAAGGCCGAAAACUAUAAGAGAACUAAGAACCUGCCUAGGUGUUGCAGGGUAUUAUAGGAGAUUUGUGAAGAACUACUCUAGUAUUACCAAGCCUUUGACUUCACUAUUAGCAGGUAGUGCACCAUGUAAGAAAAAGGGGCAUCGUUUUGGCAAGCAUUCUCAAGAAUUAGAAGGACAGUGGUCUGAAGCCUGUCAAGAAGCCUUUGAAACUAUUAAAAAAUUGUUGACAACUGCACCUGUCUUGAGUUUUUCUAAUUGGAGACUCCCAUAUAUAUUACAUACAGAUGCCAGCUUGACUGGAUUGGGAGCAGCUCCUCGGUUCCACCCUCCUCCCCAGAUGCACCUCCCUCAUCGCCCCCUCCAGUCCUUGGAUUACCAUAGAAUGCAACACACACACCCCGGACCACCGUGCACCCCGUCAUUACUGCUCUAA